UCAUCAGUUGAAUAUUACAUUAGUUUCUUCACAUUCCAGUUUUCUUUCUCUUGUUGGUUGCAAGGCAGUGAGCAGAUUAUAAUCGGCUAAAUGGCAAGUAUUCGUUCUAUUUUUGUGGCUUCGCUUGUGAUAUGUUGCUUGGUAGCUUCAUGUUACGCUGAAAUUUUGUUCUCUACCCUCAAGAAGACUCUUGAUGUGUCUGCUUCACACAGACAAGGAGUGUUGAUGGCUGGAGAAGACCAUCUCACAUUUACAUGGUCAUUCAACAAGACACUCCCAGCAGGGACAGACUCAACCUACAAAACAGUAAAACUCCAGCUCUGUUUCGCAGCUAUUAGCCAAAAAGAUCGUGCCUGGAGGAAAACAGACGACCUUCUCAAAAAAGACAAAACUUGCCAAUUCAACAUUGUAACCAUGCCAUACAAAUCCUCAAACAAUUACAAUUGGACAAUUGAGAGGGAUGUCCCAACUGGUACUUACUUUGUUAGGGCUUAUGUUUUGAAUUCUGCUAAUGAAGAAGUUGGCUUUGGACAAAGCGCUGAUGCCAAGAAGGAAAAGAACCUUUUCGACAUUCAAGCAAUUAGUGGACGACAUGCCACGUUGGAUAUUUGCUCCAUUGUGUUCUCUGUUUUCUCUGUUGUGUCCCUAUUUGGAUUCUUUUACAUGGAGAAGAGAAAGGCCAAGCAAAGUCAACAGAAGUGAUCGAUGAUGAUCAUGGAUCUACAUGCGUGAUGAUCAGAUUAUGAUGUGGAAGGAAAUUAAAUAAUCUCCUUUAUUUUCUGUGUACCGUAGACUUUAAGAUUUUGUAUUGAUUAAGUUUAAUACGAGUUUGAUGACUCAUGAUGUGUCAUGCGUGACAUUGUGUAUGUUCUUGUCUUAAUUUUUACUGUACUUUUAUUUGGAUGAUCAAAGUUUGGUUAUCAGUUUUUACAUCGCUUACGUUGUUGUAAUUCAUACUGUAAUGACUAAAGUUUAUUAAUUUUUGGCAAAGUUUCUUUAUAGAAUUAUAAUGACGUCCGUUCA